AUGCGCGCGCCAUCAGCUGUGCCAGCUGUAACUCCCCUCGCUGCGUCACUCAGUGCCUCUCCGCCUGUUUUCUCCCCUGCUGCCCCGCCCCCCAUCCCCAUGCGUGCGCCAUCAGCUGUGCCAGGUGCGCGUGCGGGUGGGCAGGCAGAGCGAGGAGCAGCGGCGGGCGGCGAGGGAGGAGCAGCACGAGCGGGGCUCCUUCCCCAAGGUAACGCCACAGCAGCCAUGCCUCUGCACGGCUGCGUCCUUCCCCAAGGUAGCGCCACUGCAGGGAAUCUUCCCCUCAAGGUGGAUUGCAGCAGGCAGGCUCAAGGUGCCGCCGCUGCAGGGCUGCUUGCUCUCAGGGUGGGGUUGCAGCAGCCAUACGUCAGCAAAGCAGCUGUGAGUCAAGUCAGCUGCCGUGCAAGCCCACGCACAAGUAGGGUUUUCCUCCUCACAGUGUGCCGCAAUUCGCCCUGGCUGGCUGUGCACGAUGUGCGUCAUCGCCAGCAUCACCAACGCCACCACUGCCCCAUGCGCCCUGCUGCAUUGUCACCUCACAUGCUGCCAUGCUGUUUCCCUUCCAGCAUCCCUUUUCAUUUCCACCCAUACACCAUGCCAUGCGCGGUGUCUGCUGCUGCUUAUCCCGGGCGCCAUCCGUGCUGGCAGCCAAUCAACGCUCACCCUAGCAAGCCAAUCAGCACACCUCGUGAUGGUGAGAGUGCACAUCGUGAUGGUGAGAGUACACCUCGUGAUGGUGAGAGUGCACCUCGUGAUGGCGAGAGUGCACAUUGUGAUGGUGAGAGCACACCUCGUGAUGGUGAGAGCACACCUCGUGAUGGUGAGAGCGCACCUCGUGAUGGUGAGAGUGCACCUCGUGAUGCACAACCCCGUGCAUCGCUCUCACUCAAUCCCAUCACAACUCCCCUGCCCCCCCUCUUCCCCGCCCCCAACUCCCCUCCUCCACUGUCCAUUCUUUUCAUGUACCCUUGCGUCUGCUCCCACCCUCCUGUGAGCUCAAUGCCACGCCGCCACCUCCCACUGCUGCCACCCUCGGCACCGCUCCUGGCUGCUGGGUGGGGAGAAGCGGGAGGGCAUGGUGGGAUGCGGAUAUGUGAUGGUGCAGAGGGUAGUGAGGUGGUGCAGAGGGGAGUUAAGGUUGAUAGAAGAAACGCCUCCAUCGCCCUUACAGCUUCCUCCCUCGCUUCCUCUUCCCCUGCGUUCCCCCUUCCCUCGCCCCGUGCUCACCCGCUCCUUCUCCGUCUGACAUAUUCCCCUCUGCUUCAUUGCCACUUUCUCUACCAACAGCAGCACAACCUUUUGCAUCGCUCUCACUCACUCCCAUCACCCCUCCCCUGCCUUCCCCUUCUCCAUCCCCAUCACCCCUCCUCCACCGUCCAUGCUUCCCAUGUACCCCUGCGCCUGCUCCCACCCUCCUUCUAUCUCGAUGCCACGCCGCCUCCUCCCACUGCUGCCACCCUCGGCACUGCUCCUUCCUGCUGGGCGGGGAGAAAAGGGGGGCCAUCGUGGGAUGCGGACAGUGCACAGCGGCGCGUUGAGAAAUGGCAGCAUCGUCGCAAUCCAGACGUGACGAUCGAGGCGCCGCCGUCAAUGUACCGCGCUAACAAGCACCCUCAGCCACUCUCUGGGUCGCUCGGACCGUUGCCCUGCCACAGCCUCGCAUCUCCCUGCUGCCGCUACACUGCGGCGCGCUGUGCCAGGGUGGCGCGAUUCGCAGACACAGUGAUGGGGUACAGGGAGGCGGAGGAGGGGCGGCUGGCAGUGGGGCGCACGUGGGAGGAGAGUCAGGCGCUGCUGCUGCAGACGGAGGCAGCGCUGCUGCUGCCGCGACGGCUGAACUUCAACGGUGCUGUGGACGUGGGAGGGGUGCUCUCUCGGCUCCACCGCAGUGCUGCUGCUGCUGCUGCUGCUGCUGCUGCUGCUGCUGCUGCUGCUGCUGCUGCUGCUGCUGCUGCUGCUGCUGCUGCUGCUGCUGCUGCUGCUGCUGCUGCUGCUGCUGCUGCUGCUGCUGCUGCUGCUGCUGCUGCUGCUGCUGCUGGUGAUGGAGUCGAUGGUAUCUCCGAGGGUGCUUCCUCUGGCAGAGAUAGUGAUGGUGAUGGCAGUGACAGCGAUGCCACUGCUGCUGUUGCCACAGCUGCACCCGCCCCGCCCAUGACCAUAACUCCCUCGGAGCUCCUAUCAGUGGCAUCGCUGUUGCAGUCAGGCAUUGAUCUAGGUGCUUGCAUCGGGCUGAUUCCAGAUGAAACUGGCAUUCUGCGUCCCUCCUUUUCCUCCUCCUCCGCCUCCUUCCCCUCCUCCUCCUCCUCCUCCUCCUCCUCCUCCUCCUCCUCCUCCUCCUCCUCCUCCUCCUCCUCCUCCUCCCGCAACCCCUCGCCUCUCGCCCCUCUCAUUUCCCUCCUCUCCUCUGCUGCCACGUGUCCCCACCUCCUCCUCCGCAUCCGCACCGCCAUCAACCCGCGCCUCAAGUCCCUUGCUGACUCAGCAAGCGCUGAGCUGGCAGCCAUCCGCGCCGCCAGGCGGGACAACCAGCUGGACGAAUCAUUGCAGAGAGCAGCAAGACGUGUUGUGGAGGGAGGGGGGAUGGAUGAGGCGCAGGUGAGUAGGAGGAGAGGGAGAGGGUGCGUGGCGGUGAGAGCAGGGAAAAAGAGUGCUGUUACUCCAGGAGGGGUUACUUUAGAUGUUAGUAACACCGGCGUUACACUCUUUGUGGAGCCUGUAGAGGCUAUCGAGUUGAACAAUAACGAGGCAGAGCUGAGUGGGCAGGAGGCGGAGGAGGAGAGGCGGGUGCUGAGGGAGAUGGCCGAGCAGGUGGCGGAUGGUGCGCCGUUGAUUCGAGAUCUGACGGGCAGGAUCGUCGCGUUGGACCUGGCGUGUGCCCGUGCAAGGCAUGCCCUGUGGAUGGGUGCCUCCCCUCCUGUCCUCCUCCCCCCCACACACCCUCCCUCCCAUGAGCAUGGGGAUUCAAGGUCAGGAGUAGAUACACCUGGGGUCACUGGUACUGGGGGAACCAUUCUUGCAGGGAGAGAAUCGCACAGAUUCGAAUCUUAUGCGGUUGAGAUUCGCGGUAUACAGCACCCAGUGCUGCUGGAGAUGUAUCUUGACGCCCUCAGUGCUGCUGCUCAGAGCAGGACGGGUAAAAGCACAGGUGCAGCAGACACCAAAGCAGUAGCAGCAACAGGAGGAGGAGCAGCAGAAGCAGCAGCAGCAGCAGCAGCAGCAGCAGCAGCAGCAGCAGCAGCAGCAGCAGCAGCAGCAGCAGCAGCAGCAGCAGCAGCAGCAGCAGCAGCAGCAGCAGCAGAAGCAGCAGCAGCAGCAGCAGCAGCAGCAGCAGCAGCAGCAGCAGCAGCAGCAGCAGCAGCAGCAGCAGCAGCAGCAGCAGCAGCAGCAGCAGCAGCAGCCCAGCAGAAGCAGUAG